CAAAAAGGGGCAAAGGAAAAAAAACCCAACGCUUGAACAAAAAGCAAAAGAUGCUAUGUUCGUUCCUCACUCUUCCCUCAGCGCUGCCUUGCCCUUUGCGGAGGCUGAGAAGUGUGAACACAUCCUGUUUAUCUCAGCGGCCCUGCUGCUGUGCUGGGUUUAGUGGCGGCGGUGCAGGCAGAGCUGGCCACGCCAUGGAAGCGCUGCCCAUCUACCACGGGGGCAUCACCCGCGAGGCCGGGGAGAAGCUGCUGCUGGCGGCGGGUGCUGACGGCAGCUACCUGAUGCGGGACAGUGAGAGCAUCCCGGGGGUCUACUGCCUCUGUGUGCUGCAUCAGGGUUACGUUUAUACCUACCGAGUGUCCAAGACAGAAUCCGGGUCCUGGAGUGCUGAGACGGCACCCGGGGUUCACCGACGGCUCUUCCGGAAAGUGCACAACCUCAUUUCAGCCUUCCAGAAACCCGACCAGGGCAUCAUCACGCCCCUGAAGCAUCCGGUCAUCAACUGUGUGAAAGCCAAGUGUUCCCCAGGUAGAAAUGACGGUCGUGAUUACCUGCAGCCAUCCUGAAGACAUUUCCCAGUGACAUAACCCUACGUCCCAGUAGUGCCUCCAGUCCUGCUCUAGAACAGAACAAGCUAUGAUAGUUAGUACAACUCUGUGAGUUUUCUUGUAACAUUUGCCAAAAUGUGUUUCAUAGUAUUUCUAGCUCUAAGUUUAGAAGUUACAUGUCCAGAAUGUUUUGAUUUUUUUUUAAAUUUCUUUUCUUUUCUUUUGGUAAGAGAUAAGACAAAAACAUCAGCAACUAAAUGGUGUAAUAUCUUUUUCUCUUUUUGCAGUCCUAUGUGCAAAAUAUUUUCCAAUCUCAAGACUAGUCCCUCUAUUUCACAUAACCUAACUUUAGACUCUUCUGUGCUUUCUUCUGAUAGACAUUCAUGGGCAAGACCCCUUUUAUAGGCUUAGGAAAAUUGUUUAUAUUGAGUGUCCUUGCCUCGAACACAGCCUUGGUGUCUGUGUGAUUGUCAUACAGUUCCAAAAGGUACUCCAGACAUGGCCCCAGGAGAAUCCCCACUAACUGAUUUUCCAUCACACCAGGCUCUCUGCAAUCCAGCAGAACCACUAAGUGCUGUUUCCAUGUACAAAAUUUCUAAUUUGCACAAAGGAUCGAAAGCUUGAGUAAUGUUCUGAAUAGAUGAGAACAAUCACCAGAGGAGAACAUUGUUCUUUCUAUUUUUCUGAUAUUGUCUCUACUUGAAAAAAUCCCCACCACAUGUAAUUAAAAUAUAUAUAUGUGUAUUUUA